GGACCACUUCGUACUAAGCUCCAAUAUUGCCUUCUAUUUCGGGUUGGUAGGUGGUCCGGUAGUGAGCUGGUUGGACAUUGUGACAACCCCUCGCAUUGAGGAGUUCGGAGAUGUGAAAUACUCCUGGGCCAAUCCGUACUAAGCUUGGCGUCUUACUGCGAUGCAUUCAUUGCUUUCAUACAAAGUAAGGCGAGGCUUACUCAGACAUGACUGGCUGUAGGAAUAACAUCACAAGCCUACCCCUCAAUAUUCAGCUGCAAUUAACGAAAUUCAUAGGUGGAUAUCCAUUCCCGGGGUUUCUCUAAUUGUCAUACAUUCGGCAUAGCUAUAACUCAAGACAUACGAAUAUAAAACAUCCCCGUCUCACUCCCGUUCUGAAGAGGACCAAGGUCUGAGACUUAGUAUUAACAAUACACUUCGCUAUUCGCCCUUAUUUGUACUACUAACAUACGGUAUACGACACUUGCAUUACUAACUGUAUACGAAACCGGCAUUGGUUCUCAUUAGAUACUUAGCUAUUUGGUUGGAACACGCGAGGACCGAGCUUGCAUACGGACAUCCCCAAACACGGACAGCUCGGUAUUACGAAACAUCGCGCCCACCUACCCCUCCCUAUUCAAGAAAUGGCUUACAAAAGCAACGCAAACGAGGCCGUUGAUCAGGAUCUCCGCAACGCCUUGAUCAGAGCUAAUAUAGCAUUGCUUCAGCGAGAAAUCCGUGAGAAAAAAGACUGGUACACAACCCGCAGAGUCGUAGUCCGGAAGCGCAACGGCCGCAUCCACCUCUCCCGCCUAGGCUCGCGCCAACAACAACCUCACCACCAAGACUACACCGCCAUCGACUUCGACGACGACUCACAAACCAGCAACAGCUUCACGCUCAUCGACGAGCCACUAACCACGCGAUCCGCCAGCUCGAGUUUUAGCUCCACCACAUCCUCCAACUUCGCCUAACCCCUCCCCAAAGAUGGCCCCAGACGCCCGCCCCGCGCCCAAGCAAUGGCAAAUGGGCGUCUCAACAUUCGAGCGCGUAAUGCAACACCACGCCAGCAUCCGCGCCCUCUGGGAAACCAAGUGGCG